CUUUAAUAUAGACAAAGCGCGGCGUGGAAUCGUGGACAGACGAUAUCCCAAGCAAAUACUAUUUUGCCAAGUUCUCUACUGCCAUUGCCCAUACUUAAUCAUUUUCUUAAGCUUCCUAGACUCGCGUAAUAAACUCAACCCCAAAGUGAGAGAAAGCUUUAGAAGAGUUAUUAUAAGCAAGCAAGAUAAAGUGAGAAGAAAAAGAAGAGAUGAUGGAAUAAUUUAAAUGAGGAUAAUAGACUACUUCGAAUCGAUUUUGAGCCAUCUGCUCGCUACGGAAGUCCACAAGGACAAAAAGACCAAGAGUUGGUUUUCGAUAGUGUAUAUUCAGCUGCUCGGAAGCCAUAUAGACAACAGGAGCAAUGAGGGUAGGAUAAGACAGAAACAAACGAAGACAGACAGGUAAAAACAAAGCAGAACAGAUCAUCCCAACGCCUCGCCUCCAUAGACUCGUAAACAUUACUCGCUUGCAAAAUAUGCUCAGAAAAAAGAGAACAGAACAAAACCAAGAAAGCAUAGUGCAAAAAAUAAUUGAUUUUCAAACCAACGCCGUGACCGCCCGCUCUGUCCGUUUAAUGGAGAGAAUCAAUGGUGAAUAUGCCAAGAAAAUUGAGCCACUAUUGACUGGCGGCAUCCACGAUAGUGGUAAUGUCGGCGCCAAUACCAAUCACGUUUCCAGCGGCAUCAAGUCCGUUCAAGGCCUUGUCGCCGGAAGAGGAGCCACCAUGGCCAGAGCCAUGGCCCUUGGGGGAGCGCUUGGAGUUGGCAGCAUCCACGAUAGUGGUAAUAUCGGCACCAAUACCAAUCGCGUUGCCGGCAGCAUCGAGUCCGUUCAGAGCCUUGUCACCGGAAGAGGAGCCACCGUGACCCUUGGGGGAGCGCUUCUGGUUGUUGACAGCAUCCGCGAUAGUGGCGGCAUCAGCUCCAAUACCAAUCACGUUGCUGGCAGCAUCGAGUCCGUUCAGAGCCUUGCCACCGGAAGAGGAGCCACCGUGACCCUUGGGGGAGCGCUUCUGGUUGUUGGCAGCUUCGGCGAUGGUAGCGGCAUCAGCUCCGAUGCCAGUAAUGUCCCCCAAAGCACCGGUCCAAGUCGAAACCCGUUCGCCGGUGGAAGAGCUAGAGUGGUGGUGGCCGCGAGGAGAACGCUUCUGGUUCAAGUACUCCUGGAGGGUCAUGGCAUCGGCGAUCGCACCAAUACCGUCGGAGAGGGCGCCGGUAACCUCAGAGACCUUGUGGGAGGUCGAGCCGUGGGAGCCACGGGGGUCACGGGUCAGCAAGCUGGAAGAGCGACCAGCGAUUGGCGCACCAAGGACUGAGUUGGCGGAGAGGAUGGUGGCAAGAGCCACGGUAGCAAGCUUGAAAGUGUCGACAUACAUUUUGAAUGAGGAUUGGUUGGAAGUCGGAAGAUGCGGUAAAGCGAAGAGUUGUAGAAAGCAGAAGGCUUUGAGAUCGGAAGGUUUGUAGUGAAGAUGAUUGUGAUUGUUGAUGGAGAAUUCGAUUCUGGGACCGAUUCGAGCAGACUUU